AAAACAAAGAAUUUGAGCACCUUGAGAUAAUUUUCCAGAAUAGAACCAGUCAGCCUAACGCAACCCUUCGAAGAUGAUGAAAACUUUCUUGAUGGGUUUAUUGGUCGCCUACGUAGCCGCAGUGGACUUGCCACCCAAUUUUCCGAUUUGCAAACGGCAGGAUCCCAAACUUGGAGAAUGCGUUAGGGCUGCCACUGUGGAGGUCGCUCUGAUGUUUCUAAAAGGAAUACCGGAGCUGAAGCUGGGCAAAGCGUUGCCACUCAAAAUUGAGAGGAUGUCGGUGGAGGAGGGUUACGGGAUCGUCCAGGUGGUUCAGCAUUACAGAAACGUGGAAAUUAACGGUAUUGAUCUGCUCACGGUGCAAAGGGCCGAUGUUACUGCAACGGAUGACUCCCUUAACCUGACGCUGACGUGUUAUGGGAGCGAACUUCGACUUGAGGCGGACUAUGAUGUAGACGGACACGUGCUAAUCCUGCCGGUUGUUGGAAACGGAAGAUGUACCAUUACGUUAAUAAACGCUACCGUCACGCUUGAAAUGUACGGAGUCGUGGAAGGGGGGUACCUUCAGAUAAGGGCGCUCAAAAUUACUCUACAACCGAAACUUGUGAAACUGCGGUACGACAACCUCUUUGGUGGUGAUCCAAGGAUGGGCGAAGAAAUAAAUCACAUAUUGAACGAGAAUUGGAGCGACUUGUUUCACGACGUCAAGCACGGUUACGAAGAGGCCAUUGCUCAGGCGAUAGGGCAAGUUGUUCAAGCUCUAUUUAAACAAGUUCCCUAUGAUAAGCUGCUACCCUUGUAAGUUUCGAGGAGGGGAUGUGAAAUAGGCGACUAUUUCCCAUCAAUCAACUGGGGGAAACGCAUCUUGAAGAAUACCACAUUAUCUGCGCUAGCUAUAGUCACAAUGUACACAAAUAAACCAUGCAAUAUGG